AUGAUGCCAAAGGAUCCUGGCCUCUGGGGGACGGGUUUGCUUGGCGGCACCUCCACAGGGACGUCAGGCGGAGGUGCAAAUGCAAACAGCCGUGGAGCAACAGGGAUGGGUGGUGGCAACGCCUCAGCGCCAAUUACCUCGACGGUUGCAGCGGCUAACGCGGCCGCAACCACAUCACUUCCUAGCGGCAAUAGCUACGCCUUUUUGUCCUCAUCUGCCGUCACUGCCACCUCCCCAUCGGUGCUCGUGCAGAGCGGGGGCGGUGGUGUGAAUGGCAUGGGCAGCAACGCUGUCGGUCUGAUGCCGGCGAUCGUCAGUCACGAUCGGUCGCAAGAGCUGUGCAAGUACUUUCUCAACGGGGGGUGUCUUCGCGGGGCACAGUGCCAAUAUCUUCAUGAACUUCCCGAUGAGCGUCACCUUGAUGUGAAUGGCUACGGGUACAUUCUCAAUCCCAACGUGCACAAUGCUCAAAAGACACUCCCUCUAGCAAUGAACAGCAACCCAACUGGCACUGUUCAGGUGAACGGUGGGGCUUUGUCGCCCUCCCCACUGAUGUUAGGACUUAGUUCGAGCGGUAGUCGGCAGACACACGGGGCUAAAGCCAAGCCGCAAACAUCGUUUAUGGUCGGUGUGCCAACACAUCUGCCGUUUCAGCUUUCUUCAUCGAAUGCCAAGGCAUCGCCUCCAAAGUACCGCCCACCGGAGCCCUUCUUAGAUUACAACCUGCCGCCUACGCUGGCACUGCCGUUUAACACUCCGCCGAAGGAUGUGGCUCUCCAGCUAACACGCACAAUGCUUCAGAACUGA